UUCUACCCCUCCUCCCAUCUACCCCUCCUUCCCUGUGAAGAUGGCGCUCUCCAGGGUGUGCUGGGCUCGGGCUGCUCUGUGGGGUUCGGCUGUCACCCCCGGACCUCAUGUCACCCGGAAGCUGCAACUUGUUCGCUGUGGCCUGGCCUGGGGGGCCCCUCGGUCUUCAAAGCUUCACCUUUCACCAAAGGCAGACGUGAAGAGCUUGAUCUCUUAUGUGGUGGCCAAGACAAAAGUGAUUAAUGGGAAAUACCAUCGUUUCUUGGGUCGUCAUUUUCCCCGCUUCUAUGUCAUGUACACAAUCUUCAUGAAAGGAUUGCAGAUGUUAUGGGCUGAUGCCAAAAAGGCUAGAAGAAUAAAGACAAAUAUGUGGAAGGAUAACAUAGAGUUUCAUCAACUUCCAUACCGGGAGAUGGAGCAUUUGAGACAGUUCCGUCGAGACGUCACCAAGUGUCUUUUCCUAGGUAUUAUUUCCAUUCCACCCUUUGCCAACUACCUGGUCUUCUUGCUCAUGUACCUGUUUCCUAGGCAGCUCCUCAUCCAACAUUUCUGGACCCCAAAACAACAGAUUGAUUUCUUAGAUAUCUAUCAUGCUCUCCGGAAGCGGUCCCACCCAGAAAUCCUUUGUUAUUUAGAAAAGGUUAUCCCUCUCGUCUCUGACGCAGGACUCCGGGGGCAUAUGACAGAGCUGUGCACCAAGAUACAGCAUGGUACCCACCCAGCAGUACAUGACAUCCUGGCUCUGAGAGAGUGUUUCUCUAACCAUCCUCUGGGCAUGAAGCAGCUCCAUGCUUUGCAAAUGAAAGCCCUGAGUAGAGCCAUGCUUCUCACGCCUUACCUGCCUUCUUUCUUGUUGAGACACCGUUUAAAGACUCAUACCAUCGUAAUUCACCAGCUGGACAGAGCUUUGGCAAAGCUGGGGAUUGGCCAGCUGACUCCCCAGGAGGUGAAGUCGGCUUGUUAUCUUCGUGGCCUGAAUUCUACCCAUAUUGCCGAAGAGAGGUGUCGAGCUUGGCUGGGAGAGUGGCUACAGAUUUCCUGUAGCCUGAAAGAAGCUGAGCUGUCCCUCUUACUACACAACGUGGUCCUGCUUUCCGUCAACUACACUGGGACAGGGCGCUGAGUGAACGUGGAGCGGAUGGCCUUGUCCUGCAGUCACAGAGGACAGCCGCGUGGUACUAGACAGCACUGGUCGGCAGG